GAGGCAGCGGUGAGGGCGGCAGGCAGGGGCAAGGCAGGGCUGAGCGAGGGCCAGGCCAGGAGCACCAGCACCCGGGGCUGGGGAGAGGCUGCAGGGGCUCUGCAGAGCCCCUCGGGCAGGGACGGUGCCGCCUCUGGGGCGAGUGCCCUGUCCCUGGGCCCUGCGCUUCCUGGCCCCGCUGCCCCAGCCACCCUCUCCUGCUACCCCACCCCACUGAGCCCCUUCUCUCCCUCCUGCUCCUCCUGGCCAUGGCUGGAAAGAUCACCAAACUUCUGCUGGUGCUGGCCAUCCUCCAGUACGGGCUGAGGGCAGAUGCCCAGGCAGUGAAGGUCAUGGAAAAGGUUCUGACACAACAUGAGGAACAGUGCAACCAGGAGAUGACUUGGCUGUUCUAGAUGAGGUUUGGCCCUUCUGAUUUUCUCCCUGCAUGACCCCACAACAGCUGUGCAGUGCUUCUGAAAGGCUGACCCUUCUUCCAAAGGCCAGAGCUGGAAGGAUUACCAGAAUCCUGGUGCUGCUGGGCAUCCUCCAAUACACAGUGAGGGUGGAUAAUCCAUCAAUGAAGGUCAUGGAAGAGCUCCUGAAGAAGCACGAGAAGGAGCGCAUUAUGGAGAUGGCUCAGCUGCAGGUGAUGGAAAAGCAGCGUGGACUCACCCCAGGAAGACUGCUCGUCCUGGCUUGCCAGGAGUGGUGGUUUUGGGUUGGUGCUGAAAUCCUCCUCGUGCUCUUUGGGAUCUACUGGCUGCCAAGGCAGAGCAGCUCUGACUAUGAUGAUAGCAGCCAGCAGGAAACCUCCACCAAUGCCCAGGAGCAGAUGAAGGAGGAGGAGAAGGUCUGUGAGGAUAAUCCUGACUCUUACGACACUCCAGAGAAGCCCCCAGAUAAGAGCUGGGCACUGUGGAGGAUAUUCUGGCGAGACACCCCUGUGGCCAUGGGGAGCAGCGACCAGGAAAUGUGCUGUGCUACCUCCCCUCCCGGCUGAGGAGGCAAACAAGAGCUCAGAUCCCUGCUUCCUGUGCAGCCCCUGCAAACAGUCCCAGUUGUGAUGCUCCCCCUGCCAGGAAGUGUGGAACCCUUUGUAAAUAUGUUCAUAAAAUGGUUUAUUUGUUUUAAUAAAUACUGUUUGAGCAAGAGA